GGCUGCGUGCAUGUGGCCCUAAAGACAGAGCGUGCGUAAUGGAGAGCUGGAGAGCGAUAAAAGGAGACUUCCUUCCUCGCCUGGGAGUCAGAGCGCUGCGGCAUGGAGCUAUGCCCGGGCUGAACCUCAUUCGGCCACCACCUUAAGGCACCAUGUUCCCGCUGCUCGCCUCUCCUGCUUCUUGGUGGUGCUCGCCGCUGGUGACGGGGACCUCGCGGCAGAUGACGGACACUGCGAUGGCACGCUCUGCUUCGCGGUUUUUCUCAAAACCUUUAGAUUUUCCAAACGGGCGCGGGGACCAGUGUCCGAGUUUGCGGGACACCUAAUGACGGUCCAGACCGCUGACAUCCAACGCCGUGCUGCGGGGCUGUUGCGCGGGGUCCGGGCCGCAUGGGUGGGCCUGUCCCGGGCCGCCGGUGUGUCAGGAAGAGGCGGCCCGCUGCGGGGGUUCCGCUGGGACACGGGCGACACGGCUCAGACUUCUCCAACGGGACCGCGGCGGCUGCAGACCGCUCGGGCUGCGCGCGCCGAUGCGUUUCGGUCUCGAGCGAGGACGGUUUCAAGUGGUCCGUUGGUUCCUGCGACGCGCGCGCCGCGGGGUUUCUGUGUGAGUACCGCCGCAGAGACGCGUGCGAGCCGCCUGGUGCGUUGGGGACCUACACGCGCCCUCCUUACGCAGGACGGAGCGGCGACGCAGAGCCGCGGCCCCACGGCACCAUCUUCACACGUGACUCCGACGGCGCCACGUCCAUGUGUCUGUCCGGGGAGUGGGUGCGCACGCCGUGGCCCUGUGGGAUGAAGGGGGGCGGGUGCGAGUUCGAGUGCGGCGGGACCGAGGACCACCCGGUGUGUCUGUGCCCCCCGGGGCGGGCGCCGAGCGGGGAGGACCCGGCUGUCUGCGCCCCGUUCCGGGGGGGGGACUCCUGCCGGGCCCUGGGCUGCGCCCACGGCUGCGGGGGGGCCCCUCCGGCGUGCGCCUGCCGCCCCGGGUUCCUCCUGGGCGGGGACGGCCGAUCGUGCCGGGAGGCGGGGCCGGCCCCCAGGGGCCUGCGGGACUGCGACCGGGGGUACCGCUCCACGGUGGCAGACGACUGCGUAGACGUGGACGAGUGCCAGGACGCGCCCUGCGAGCAUCAAUGCACCAACACGCGCGGCAGCUUCACCUGCUCCUGCUUCGAUGGCUACCGGCAGGACCCCGGGUUCCCGCAGCGCUGCCAGGCCUACUGCGGGCUCGCAGAGUGCCCGGCCGAGUGCGACCCCAACGACCCCGAGGAUUGCCGCUGCCCCAUGGGCUACAUCCUGGACGUUCGGAAGGAGGGCGGAGUCUGCAUGGACCUGGACGAGUGCAACAACUAUUACUGCGAUCAGCUCUGCAAAAACUCCUAUGGCAACUACACCUGCAGCUGCCUCCCUGGCUUCUCAUUGGUCGAGGGCCACGAGUGUGUGCUGGGAACGGUGACCGAGAGCUUCACCUUAAGCUACGUCCCGACCUCUGACCCCGCCCCGCCCAAAACGGCUCGGCUCUCUGCAGGGGGGCUGGUGGCCGUGGUGGUGGCCGUGGCCGUGGUGGUAUUCCUGGCGAUGAUUCUCGUGUAUCACUUCGCCACCCGACGCAGCGAAGGGCGGGCCGCGAGCCCCGGGGGGGCAGGAGCGCACAGCCUGGAGCAAGUGGCCUCGGGCCUGAUCGAGAAAGCGCCGGCCCUGGGGGAGUGAACGCAUGGCGACGCUAAGGAGCGGGGACAUGUGGGUCAGUGGGGCCAAAGGAAAGGGUUCUACUAGACCGACAAAUAAACUGGAAAUGCACCGCUAGAAUGUCAAACGUAAAAUGUAAAUGUCUCAAAUGUUAUACAAAUAAAAAGCUGAAGUGUAAAAAA